UCAAAAUCUCUUGGUUUUGUUUGUAAAUUUGAGUUGCGAUUUCAGUUCAACUUUAUUUUACAUAUUAUUUAUAAAAAUGAGCAACGAACAAAAAGACCAAAAACCAGAAGUAGAACAAACCGCAACUCCAAGUAUAUCCGAAUUCGACGCAGUGCAUCCGAGAUUUGUGAAAGAGAACCCCGAAGAUGUGGUCAAAUACGAACAGGAGCAUUAUUACUACUGUGAACAGUGUAGAAUGUAUUUUGCGCCCACAUUUGAGGCCCUCAGGGUUCAUUUCGACAAAGAAAUAAUCACUCAUGAGCCCAUUGGUUCCUGUUUCUACUGCAAAGGAAAUGUGUUCGGAUAUAAAAAAUCAGGGCAGUUAAGGGCCUAUCAUAAUUGCCCCGAAUGAAUUGAAAUCUACCAAGCUGCCUUUGGAGAUGUAAUAAAGGUAAUAAUGCUUAUUUUGACUUGAAUAUAAUACAAAAGAUUUUGAAUAUGAUAUUAACACCUGUAAGAAGAUAAUUAUGGCAAUACUCUACAUGGUAAUACUUCAAUAAAAACAGUACAAAGUUGAAGGUGAGCUAUGGACGGUGAAGACUUCACAGGGAGAUUGUAAUUGGAAUAAAAUAAUUAGGAAUGCUUAUUAAAUUUUUAUUUUUUUACAAUGAAAUGUUACAUAUUGUUGAAUAGUGGGUACCUGAUCACUUUGUUAUUGCUUGUUUUGUUUCUGUUUUUUAUUUUUAAUUAAAUUAAUUUUGUGUUUAUAGUAAUAUAUUGCAAUGAAUUUUUAUUUGUGUGUUAUUUUUUUGCAAAUUAAGUGAAUUAUUUACAAACCGGCAACACCGUUUUCUACUUGACGUAAAUUUGACGUUGCCUUGCCUUGGUCUACUUUAAGCUGGCUUAAUAAUGUUUAGGUAAG